AUGCUACUCUUCAUGUGCAUGUUCACAAAACACCCCGACUACCUGAAGCUGUUCAAGCAAUUCAGGGGCCGCGACCUGCGCUCGCUGCCUACCGACCCCAAGUUCCGGGCUCACGCGAGCGCUGUAGGCCACCAGCUGUCUGCGAUGAUCGAGUGCCUGCACGACCCCGAUGUACUGAUCGUGCUGAUCCAGAAGAAUGCGCUCAGCCAUGCGACGAGGAAUGUGAAGCCGGCGAACUUCGAGGGACUUUUUGAGGCCGUCAUUGAGGAGAUGGCCGCGAGCGAGAAGUCGCUCAUGAAAACAGCUCCCGUCACUGCCUGGGAGAAGCUCUUCGACGUGAGAAACGAGGCGUCGGUUCUGAUGCAGAAGAAAGAUGGUGCAGAAACCGUCGAAAACACUGUCAACGUGUCAAUAUUACGUCAAGCUAAAGUGAUAGGCUAG